AUGGAUAAGGCUUGGAUGCAUAUUGAAGACAGAUUGUAUUCCACUGAGUAUGAUGAAGGUGUUAGACAAUUCUUAGCCAUGGUGCAAGCUCAUGCAUCGACAGCUGAUCAGAUUAGAUGUCCAUGUAGGAGAUGCAGGAAUAGAGCUUUCUACUCUAUUCGUAUCGUGGAAGAUCAUUUGUUUUUAAGAGGGAUUGAUCCAACCUAUACAGAAUGGAUUUCCCAUGGAGAAGAGGAGCCGAUCCUAAAUUCUACAUUCUCUGAUGAAGAAGAUGAUGAUGCAUAUUCUUAUAAUCACUACAUCGAUGAUGUGGAUGAGAUGUUAGAUGACAUUCGUCAUGGGUCGUUUAUGGAUAAUUCCUUCUGCAAUGAUGGAAAUGCAAAUGAUAAUUAUCAAUCCUGCACCUCUAAUGCGCCAACCAACUAUAAUUUCGAUGAGUUAGUUGCCGAUGCACAACGACCACUUUAUCCUGGAUGUGCUAAGUUCUCGAAGCUAUCAUUCAUCAUCAAGCUGCUUCACAUCAAGAGCAUAGGUGGUUGGAUUGUGAAGUCCUUUGACAUGAUAAUCAAGCUUUUGCAAGAUGCAUUUCCCGACGCUCUAUUCCUAGAUUCAUAUAAUGAUACUCGUCGCAUAGAGCGUGGGUUGGGCUUUAGUUAUGAAAAGAUACAAGUGUGCCCAAAUGACUCUGUGUUGUUCUGGAAGGAGAAUGCAUCGUACAAUGAAUGCCUUAAAUGUAAAGCAUCUAGGUGGAUUGUGAGCACAAGUGAGCAGCGGAUCGUACCACAAAAGGUUCUUCGAUACUUCCCCCUGAAGCUGCACUUACAGAGGUUGUUUAUGUCAACGAAGACAGCCCAAGCCAUGAGAUGGCAUAAAGAUGCAGUGUUGAUGAUCCAAUGUGCAUGUGACAUCCAGCAGAUUCAAGGGUAUGGAAAGACUUCGAUAACAAACAUGUUGUAUUUUCUCAUGAUCCUUGCAAUGCUAGACCUGGUUUGGCGAGUAAUGGGUUUAACCCAUUCAAUAACAUGA